AUGGUAUCCAAAAAGCCAGCAAAAGCGAAAAAAGCCACCACUGGUGCAACUGACGGAAAGAAGAAGAGAAAAAAGUCAAGAUAUGACAGCUAUGGACUUUACAUUUUUAAAGUUUUGAAACAAGUUCACCCAGACACUGGUAUUUCGAGAAAAUCCAUGAACAUCAUGAACUCCUUCCUUGUUGAUACUUUUGAGAAAAUUGCAACUGAAGCCUCCAGAUUGUGUAAAUACACCAGAAGGGACACCUUAUCAUCACGUGAAAUUCAAACUGCCAUCAGAUUAGUAUUGCCAGGAGAAUUGGCCAAGCACGCAGUUUCGGAAGGAACCAAGGCUGUUACCAAAUUUACCUCUAA